CACGGCGGUGACGUUUCAUGACAGCCUCGCCGCAGCGCCGCCCCAACAGUGCAUUCUGGGUCCAACCCAAGAUGGCUGCGCCCUUGCAGAAGUGCUGAAGAAGUGCCUCUCCGGAGAAAUUCUCGGGAUUGGGAUUGAUUUCCACGGGCGCCAUCACACGAAAUCAGCUACCAGGGUCGCUGGUUUGUAGAAGAAGCCCACAGGGUCCCAGUCAUCGAUAAGCGUGGCCGGUGCUUCGUGUGGCUGUGGCAGACUGUCCGUGUGAAGAUGGGCCUCGUCUCCAGACCCUUCCCAUAGCGAAGAGCCGUGGGGAGAGGAGCCGCAGAUUCCCCUGCAAACACGCACCCGUCCAACUUGGGUUUGACGGGUUUGACAUACUAUACAGACUGUGGACCCUGCCCUACCAUUUUCUGACCAGGAUUGUUUGUGCGACAGUAUCUGUCCUCGUCCGGAGACGGAGAGGUUCCCCAGCCCGGCUUGAUUAUCCCACCGUACCAAGAGCCCUGAUGAAAAUGGACUCGGACCUGCUGCAUUCGCCGGCUGUGGGCCUCACGGAGGAAGAGGAGGCCGACAUGAACGACUGGAAGCUUCCCCUGGCCUUCAUGAAGAAACGCCACUCGGAGAAGAUUGAGGGCUCCAAGGCUUUAGCGCAGAGCUGGAGGAUGAAAGACAGGAUGAAGACUGUGAGUGUAGCCCUGGUGUUAUGUCUCAACGUGGGAGUGGACCCUCCUGAUGUGGUCAAGACCUCCCCCUGCGCCCGACUGGAGUGCUGGAUAGAUCCUCUGUCGAUGAGUCCACAAAAAGCCCUGGAGACCAUCGGGGCCAAUCUGCAGAAGCAAUAUGAAAACUGGCAACCCAGGGCGCGUUACAAACAGAGUCUGGACCCUACGGUGGACGAGGUGAAGAAGCUGUGCACGUCGCUGCGACGCAACGCCAAAGAGGAGCGAGUCCUCUUCCACUACAACGGCCACGGGGUGCCCCGGCCCACGGUCAACGGAGAGAUCUGGGUCUUUAAUAAGAACUACACCCAGUACAUCCCGCUGUCCAUCUACGACCUGCAGACGUGGAUGGGCAGCCCGUCCAUUUUUGUCUACGACUGCUCCAACGCGGGGAUCAUCGUCAAGUCGUUCAAACAGUUCGCCCUGCAGAGAGAGCAGGAGCUGGAGGUGGCAGCCAUCAACCCCAGCCACCCGCUGGCCCAGAUGCCCCUGCCGCCCUCCAUGAAGAACUGCAUCCAGCUGGCUGCCUGCGAGGCCAGCGAGCUGCUGCCCAUGAACCCGGACCUCCCAGCAGACCUGUUCACUUCCUGCCUCACCACGCCCAUCAAGAUCGCCCUCCGAUGGUUUUGUAUGCAGAAGAGUGCCAAGUUGGUGCCAGGGGUGACGUUAGACCUCAUCGAGAAGAUCCCUGGCAGGCUCAAUGACAGACGCACUCCCCUCGGAGAGCUCAACUGGAUCUUCACAGCCAUCACCGACACCAUCGCCUGGAAUGUGCUGCCUAGAGAUUUGUUCCAGAAGUUGUUUCGUCAGGACCUGCUGGUGGCCAGCUUGUUCCGCAAUUUCCUGUUAGCAGAGAGGAUAAUGAGGUCGUACAACUGUACACCGGUCAGCAGUCCCCGUCUGCCCCCUACAUACAUGCACGCCAUGUGGCAAGCGUGGGACCUUGCCGUGGACAUCUGCCUCUCUCAGCUGCCUACCAUCAUUGAGGAGGGCACCGCCUUCAGACACAGUCCUUUCUUUGCGGAGCAGCUGACGGCGUUUCAGGUGUGGUUGACGAUGGGCGUGGAGAACCGAAACCCUCCUGAGCAGCUGCCAAUCGUACUGCAGGUCCUCCUCAGUCAGGUGCAUCGGCUACGAGCUCUGGACCUGCUCGGGCGCUUUCUGGAUCUGGGUCCCUGGGCCGUCAGUCUGGCCUUGUCUGUAGGGAUCUUCCCCUACGUAUUAAAGCUGCUCCAGAGCUCAGCCAGAGAGCUGCGGCCUCUGCUGGUUUUCAUCUGGGCUAAAAUCCUCGCUGUGGACAGUUCAUGUCAAGCUGACCUGGUGAAAGAUAACGGACACAAGUACUUCCUGUCGGUGUUGGCCGACAGUUACAUGCCAGCUGAGCAUCGAACCAUGGCUGUCUUCAUAUUGGCUGUUAUUGUCAACAGCUACAACACAGGACAGGAGGCCUGUCUACAGGGCAACCUAAUAGCCAACUGCCUGGAGCAGCUGUCAGACCCCCACCCCUUGCUCCGCCAGUGGGUGGCCAUUUGCCUGGGCCGCAUCUGGCAGAACUUUGAACCGGCGCGCUGGUGCGGAGUUCGGGACAGCGCCCACGAGAAGCUCUACACCCUGUUGUCAGAUCCCAUCCCUGAGGUGAGGUGUGCUGCUGUCUUUGCUCUGGGGACGUUUGUGGGAAACUCUGCUGAGAGGACGGACCACUCCACCACCAUUGACCACAACUUGGCCAUGAUGCUGGCCCAGCUCAUCAACGAUGGCAGCCCUGUGGUCCGCAAGGAGCUGGUAGUAGCACUGAGUCACCUGGUGGUGCAAUAUGAAAGCAACUUCUGUACAGUUGCCCUCCAGUUUAUAGAAGAGGAAAAGAACUACACAGUGCCGUCACCAGCCAACACCGCAGAGCCUGGUAGCCUGACUCCAGUGAGGGACAGCCCGGCCAUCCCACGCCUGCGAUCGGUCAACUCCUACACUAACAUCCGAGCUGCUACCACUGCCCGCAAUCUGAACAAGAGCCUGCAGAACCUCAACCUCAAUGAAGAGGGUGGACCAGCAGCCUUCUCUCCUGGUAACCUGAGCACCAGCAGCAGCACCAGCAGCACCCUGGGGAGCCCCGACAAUGACGAGUACAUCCUCUCCUUUGAGACCAUCGACAAAAUGAGACGGGUGUCCUCAUAUUCUUCGCUCAACUCCCUUAUAGGUGUGUCCUUCAACAGUGUUUACACUCAGAUCUGGAGAGUGCUGCUACAUCUCGCUGCAGACCCUUUUCCUGAAGUGUCAGAUCUGGCCAUGAAGGUCCUCAACAGCAUAGCAUACAAGGCAACGAUGAACGCUCGGCCCCAGAGGAUCCUGGACUCUGGAUCUCUCACCCAGUCGGCCCCGGCCAGCCCCACCAGCAAGGGCACGCACAUCCACCAGGCAGGUGGGUCUCCUCCCAUGCCCAGCGCCAGCAGCUCCAGUCUGACCAACGAGGUGCCCAAACCCCCGGCCAGAGAGCAGCCAGCCACGCGACCUCCCUACACCCCCACAUUGGGAGGACAGGCUCCCCACUCCCACCAGUUCCCCCGCACCCGCAAGAUGUUUGACAAGGGACCUGAGCAGGCAGGUGAGGAUGGUGACGAGCCGGGCGGUCACAGGAACUACAUCAGUGCCGCCCUCCAGACGGGCCUGUGUGAUUGGAGCGCCAAGUACUUCGCUCAGCCUGUCAUGAAGAUCCCAGAGGAGCAUGACCUGGAGAGCCAGGUGAGGAUGGAGCGCCAGUGGAGGUUCCUGAGAAACACUCGCGUGAGAAGGCAGAGCCGAGGCAUCACACAAAGGGGUGUUUCCCGUCUGGAUGAUCAAAUAUUCAUCAACCGCAACCCUGGAGUACCAUCUGUUGUGAAGUUCCACCCCUUCAACACCUGCAUCGCUGUGGCCGACAAGGACAGCAUCUGUUUCUGGGACUGGGAGAAGGGCGAGAGGCUGGACUACUUCUACAACGGAAACCCUCGCUACACUCGCAUCACGGCCAUGGAGUACCUGAACGGACAUGACUGUUCAUUACUGCUCACUGCGACAGACGAUGGAGCGUUGCGCAUCUGGAAGAACUUUGCCGACCAGAAGAACCCGGAGAUGGUGACGGCGUGGCAGGGCCUUUCCGACAUGCUGCCCACUACCAGAGGUCAGCCCACCUCCAGCGCUCACAGUCUGGCCAGGAGGGUCUCCAUCUAUCUUGACAGAAGUAAGCAAGGAGGUGCAGGCAUGGUCGUGGACUGGGAGCAGGAGACGGGGCUCCUUAUGACGUCUGGAGAUGUCCGAGUGGUCCGGAUCUGGGACACGGACCGGGAGAUGAAGGUCCAGGACAUCCCAACAGGAGCAGACAGCUGUGUGACCAGCCUCUCCUGCGAUUCACAGCGUUCGCUCAUCGUUGCCGGUCUGGGUGACGGAUCUGUACGCGUGUUCGACAGGAGGAUGGGUCCAAAUGAAUGUCGGGUGAUGACCUACAGGGAGCACGGAGCCUGGGUGGUCAAAGCUCAUCUACAGAAGGAGACGGACGGACACAUUAUCAGUGUCAGUGUUAACGGAGACGUUCGAUUCUUUGAACCGCGCUCACCGGACUCCAUCAACGUGCUGCAGACAGUGAAGGGGUUAACAGCCCUGGACAUCCACCCACAGGCCAACUUGUUUGCCUGCGGGUCAAUGAACCAGUUCAUAGCGGUCUACAACGCUAACGGCGAUGUGAUCAGCAACAUCAAGUAUUAUGACGGCUUCAUGGGACAAAGGAUCGGGGCCAUCAGCUGCCUGGCCUUCCAUCCUCACUGGCCCCACCUGGCGGUAGGCAGCAACGACUACUACAUGUCCAUCUAUUCAGCAGAGAAGAGGCUCAGAUAACACACCAGCAUUCAUCACCACCACCCCCUACCCCCCCC